AUGAAGACAGCCACAGUCUUGGUUUUGGUGGCUUUGAUCGCCAAUGUGAUGGAUACAUCCUGUGCUCUGUCCUCUCGUGGAAAAGGACAGAAACCUGGAGCUUGUCCCAAGCUGCCCCCAAAUACUGUUGGAACUUGUGAUGAGAAAUGCUCCGGAGAUGGAUCAUGCCCUGGGAAAAUGAAGUGCUGCAGCAAUGGGUGUGGUCAUGUCUGCAAACCUCCUGUCUUCUAA